CCGCCGAGUACUUAGCGGCGGGGCGGGCCGGCGGAGCGGUAACACGGUGCUGUAGUCCCGUCAGGUCCUGUCCGCUCGGUGACCCGCCAUGGGCUCGGCCGCGCCCGCCUUUAUCGGCGCCGAGGAGGUGGAGCAGCACCUGCCCCGCGCCAGCCUGCUGCUGCCGGCGCUGGAGGCCGCCCUGGGCAACUUCUCGGCCGGCGCGGCGGGGGGCGUCGUGCAGCCCGUGCGCACCGUGGUGCCGGUGCACCGGCACGGCGGCUUCCUAGGAGUCAUGCCCGCUUACAGCGCCGCGGAUGAUGCGCUGACAACCAAGCUGGUGACUUUCUACGAGCACAAGAAGGACAGCUCUGCCCCUUCCCACCAGGCCACGGUCCUCCUUUUUGACCCGAGAAAUGGGUCUUUAAAAGCUGUUCUAGAUGGCAGUGUCAUUACAGCAAAACGAACAGCUGCAGUUUCUGCAAUUGCUACCAAGCUGUUAAUGCCAGCUUUUGCAGAUGUCCUGUGCAUUUUGGGAGCUGGUGUUCAAGCAUAUAGCCAUUAUGAUAUCUUCACAGAACUGUUUGCAUUUAAAGAGGUCAGGAUAUGGAAUCGCACCAAAGAGAAAGCAGUGAAGUUUGCGAAUUCAGUUAAUGGCCCAGUGCAGGUCUGCUCUUCUGUUCAGGAGGCAGUUACUGGGGCUGAUGUGAUUAUAACAGUCACUAUGGCAACAACACCGAUUUUAUUUGGAGACUGGGUAAAACCAGGUGCCCAUAUCAAUGCUGUUGGAGCAAGCAGACCAGACUGGAGGGAACUGGACGAUGAACUGAUGAAGAAGUCUGUUCUGUUUGUGGAUUCCAGAGAGGCUGCUCUUACAGAAUCAGGAGAUGUUAUAUUGUCAGGGGCAGAGAUUUUUGCUGAGCUGGGAGAGGUAGUGAAGGGUACAAAACCAGCCCUGCCUGAGAAAACAACAGUGUUUAAAUCGCUGGGUAUGGCAGUUGAAGACACGGUAGCAGCAAAAUUUGUUUAUGAUUCAUGGUCAGCUGGUAACUGAAGAGAGAGAAGUCUGCAAUGCCGAUGAGGCCAAGAAAAUUGUUUGCACUUAGUUUCCUUGGAUCCUUUGUUAACAAGAAAGGCACAAAUCCUAUCUGAAUGUGGCCCUUCUAGAACAUUCAAGAAUGAAAAGUAAAAUUUCAGCAAUUGACUAAUUUCUGCAUUUUUCUAAGGGCAAGUAUCAAUACCUGCAGUAUUACUAAUAAAUGUAUCUCUCACAUAACGGCAAGUAUUAGAAGUUUGCAGUGAUACUAGCAAGGGUAUCUUUACAUAUUUUAGUAUAAUUCUGGAAUCUAUUCCUUUCCUCCUUAACUAUUUCUGUAGCAGGAGUCUAUAGAUAGACUUUGUGGUUUUUAGAGAGGGAAUUCAUAUUGGUGUAAAAUAUAUCCAUUUGGAGAAUGGACUCUGCCAUCAUAUUUACCUGUGAUGGUACUUUAAAUGCAACUGUGGGCCUCAGUGCUGCAGUGACAGUAACAGUCUUCAGUCUCCUGGGAACACAGCCCGCCUCAGACUCCUGGACACCCCUUCCCUUCCAACUCGGAUGGGGAUCUGGAAGUCACCAUCCUUGCUUUCACCCUGACAUUCCCCCUUCCCUGCUGUCAGACACAAGUUUUUCACUGAAUAGCACGCUCCUGAGUGGGAGUUUAUAUAAUAAUGAUACCUCCAUACAGUUAGAUUUCUGUCUUUCUCUAAAAGACCUGGUGCAGGAAGACUUAAGAGUGCAACAAAUCAGAGCUAAUAUUAUAUACAUCUUAACUGGAAGGAAAUUCAAUACCUUCCUUAGUACAUUCCUGGGUAGGAUGCUGCCAUUUUCAUAUUACAAGGAGUCACCCAAAAUGUAAGCACUAAAACAUGUUUUUAUUUGUUUUAUCUAUAUUUUGUGGGGAGCUUUUUUUUAUUAAUCUGUGAUGUUUGUAAGAUAUUUUUUUUUCCAAGCUUCAUGAAGGUUGGAACUGCACAAACUGGUUUCAGUAGGAUAAACUUCAAGUAUACAGGCAAAUAUUUUCAGCUUGGCUGUACCACACUUCAAUUGGUAAUUGUUCUUUUAUCCCAGUGGGUAUUAGCUGGGGCAGGAAUUUCCAUGAUCUUUCCUUGGCAGAGGACCCCAGUGAUGUUUUACAUAAGGAAAAGUUCUAGUUCUGUGCUGUUAAGCAAUUGCCUUCCAAAAGAUUGAACAUCUACUGAAAAACAGCUAUUGUCCUGGAAACCAAUUCCUCUCUCAGGCUGGAGUUGUGCGUUGUGAAAACUUAUUUCUACUUACAUAUUUCAUGGAGGCUAUUAAAUGUUAAUUUAAUUCUGUGGAGGGAUUAGAUGACAUGGUCAUUUUAUAAUGAUGCCAGUAGAAUACGGUGGAGCAUCAAGAAGGAGCUUCAGAAGCAGUUAGUGUUAAAGCCCUUGAUGGUACAUAGUAAGUAUAGAAGAGGUUAAUGAGUACAGUGCAGGUGUGACAUAAAUUAUACUCCAAAUUAUAAGCCUGGUGUAAAGUAGUUGCGGGGAGGGAGGGGGAAUAGCAGUAAGUGACAGAGUUUGUAAUAUGCAGAGUUUUAGCAUGGAAGGGUACCAGGCCAGUAAGUGAGUAGAGCCAAAGGAUGUGUUUGUGUGAAUAGAAAUGUAACUCCAUUGGUCUUGUUUAUAUCAGCAGAAACACAAACAGAAAUUUAUCUUCAAGCUUUUUAAUUUUCUAACUGUAGCAAAAUUACCCUUCCGUCUUUACAUGUUUUUUCUUCUCUGUAAUUUCUGAAGUGUUUGUGUUGACUUAACUUGUUACUUCAGUGAUGGAGAACUCCACUAGUCUGAAACAAACAUGACAGCCAUUGAUGUUCCAUAAUACAAGAACUGUGUGGAAACUUGCACUACUAUUUAUGACAAUAUUAUCCCAGUUCUGUGCCUCUGUAAAACGAGAUUUGUAAUUUGAAGGGAGGCUUUGUGUUUGGGAAGAAGACAAAUCCAGUUGAUUUUCACAUGUACACUUCUGCAGACUAUGCACUUUAAAAAAUAGAUGGAGCCAGUCCAAAGAGCUGGUUCUGAAACCCCACAGUGUUCUCAGCUUUCCCUGGCAAUAGGAGGUUCUGGGAGCCUGGCUUCAGCACGGUGUCCGAAUUCAUGAAUAGGAUUCAGUUCAGUUACAAUGGGAGUUAAUUGGAUGCUGUAUUUUAGAUUUAUUUUUUUAAGGGAAAUAAUAGCUCUAAUUUCCAUGUUUCCUUCUCUUACACAAUUUCUUAAGACUUUAAUUUGUAACUUGCAUUUAUGUUACAAUUAAAUAGAUACUGCUGCUUGUCUUUGA